UGCUGUGCACGUCUCCCAACUCCCAGCAGCACCUUACAUCCCACCUCGCCGUCGGUUCCUGCCUUAGCCGGCGGGUAGGAACCAGGCAGGAGAAGCAGCGACUGCCUGCAGCAAGGUGGUGCGGCAAGGCAGCUUGAUUGGUGCGUGCUAUGAGGCACUACAUGGGGUGUUGCCGCUAGAGCACGCGCAGGGGCGCGACGCGCGACGCCGACGUGCUGCUGGAUGAGGCGACGGGCAGAGCUCCGCGCAGUGACGCGGACCAGCGGCUGGGCGAGGCCGUAUAGCGCCGCGACCUUGCACGCGCGUGCCUGAAAGGACGUGCGGCGGCGCAGCUGCCCGAGUCGAUGGUGGCUGGUUACGGGUCACAGACACGGGACACGACGUCCUCCAACAUGAUGCAUGCAUGCGCCCUACACACCAGGUCCGGGGAAGUAAAGCGUGUCGCCGGCCACACACACAUUACCCCUGCUGAUGCUCGCGGAAAAGAGCAACGGCUGCGGCGGUAUCGCAACGGCGCCACAAGCACGUCGAGCUGCAUAUGAGGAUUUACACGGAGAGAUGUAGGUGGGAGGCAUGCACGGAUAAUGGCGGCAGCAGUCGAGUGCAAUCGCGAGGCUCCCCCCAUGGCGUGUCCAUGGCGUUGUACACAGUACACCAGCACAAAGAGCAUCCCCGGACACUACUUCAUCUACUAGGAGACGGUGGGCGCCGGCGCCGGCUGGACGGUGGACAAGGAGACCAUCGACGAUCGACGCUUGAGAUGGAUGAGGGACUGAAUGCGGUGUGCAUGCAUGGUAGAGUGGCGGACGGCUCCAUCGGGCUGCUCGAGAUCCGCGUCAUCCCGCCCGGCACGUCCGAGGAGCUGAUGGACUACGCUAUCUCUCAUGGCGCCUCCAUCAACCAAUACAAGGUGCCCUGGUGCUUGACGUUCCCGCCGAUCAUCGAGCUGCGCAUGCUCCACUCGCGCGUGGUGUCUAUCCAGUUUAGCCCUGCCGUGCGGCACUGGACCCCUACUCCCACCCGGCGCACGAAGUACGACGUUUCCACCUAAAUUCACUUGCAAUUUUAGGGUAGCCAACUCUUUAUUUUUCAACAGGAGUCAAUGUGUGGUGUAUAACAAAUGCAGAAGGGCUCCUAUUCAGAUUCUAGACUGAAUAGUUCUUCAAGAAUUACAUGGCGGGCGCGCUCCUUUGAUAGUACUCUCUAAACAAUGUGUGUGUGUUCAAGAAGCAGCGACACUUUUAGGCGAGCCCUUGCUUUUCAAUAUGAUCUUUGUUAGUGCAUAGAGUUACUAGAGUAUACAAAUGGACAAAAUCUUAUGUUCAGAAUUCA